AUGUGCAACGACAGCCAACUGGACAACACCAUAGCAGUAUUUUGCAUAGCCAGAAUACCUUGCGAUGUUAGGCUCAUAAAUUACUCACCCACGAAGCGCGCACAUCUAACGUCAACUCAGCUUCUCAACGAGUUCUUCAUCGAAGCAUUCAAAGCGCCAGAGCUCAAGGCUGUAGAAUCCGUACUCGUCGACACAACCGACACCACUAAGCUUACAUCGCCCACCCGUGCCCCAGUGCAGCAAAACCUCUCAUACCCUUUCCUAGACUGGAAACUAGACGACCUCGUCAAAUUUGUGUGGCAAUUCGAUCGCUCUGAACACGGCAUCAUGAAUACAGAAUUCGUCAUCAUGGACAAGCAGACCCUCGAAGACAAGACCGUAGUACUAGUUACACCGCCUGAAUUUCACGAUGAUAUAGAGACGGCCCCAAGGCUGACUGCGCGAUCGGAUUUCCGCUCUAGUCUCAUCACGCUGAAUGUGAAGAGCAUGGGGGUAGGGGGCGACGAACCGUGGGAGAAAGCGGCGGUAGAGAAUGGGAGUGUGAUUAGAUUGUAUGAUGAUGAUAAGAGUUCAGGGGACAGCUAG